CACACAGCUCUCUACACCAUGGUGGUUCAGGCUGCAGUGACUCCAAACAGAUCCCAAAGACUUUUGCUGAAAAUCCCUUAUGGAUCUCUGAGACGACGCAGCGUGGAGAGGAUGACGGAGGGCCGUCGAUGUCAAGUACAUCUCCUUGAUGACAGGAAGCUGGAACUCCUAGUACAGCCCAAGCUUUUGGCCAAGGAGCUGCUUGACCUCGUGGCAUCACACUUCAAUCUGAAGGAAAAGGAGUAUUUUGGAAUAGCCUUCACAGAUGAGACGGGACACUUAAACUGGCUUCAACUAGAUCGAAGAGUAUUGGAACACGACUUCCCCAAAAAGUCAGGACCAGUGGUUUUAUACUUCUGUGUCAGGUUCUACAUAGAAAGCAUUUCCUACCUAAAGGACAAUGCCACCAUUGAGCUCUUCUUUCUGAAUGCUAAAUCCUGCAUCUACAAGGAGCUGAUAGAUGUCGACAGCGAAGUAGUGUUCGAAUUGGCCUCCUACAUUUUACAGGAGGCAAAGGGAGAUUUUUCUAGCAAUGAAGUGGUGAGGAGCGACUUGAAGAAGCUGCCAGCGCUUCCCACCCAGGCCCUGAAGGAGCACCCUUCCCUGGCCUACUGUGAGGACCGAGUGAUUGAGCACUACAAGAAGCUGAACGGCCAGACCAGAGGUCAAGCCAUCGUAAACUACAUGAGCAUCGUGGAGUCCCUCCCGACCUACGGAGUUCACUAUUAUGCGGUGAAGGACAAGCAGGGGAUACCGUGGUGGCUUGGACUGAGCUAUAAAGGAAUCUUCCAGUAUGACUACCAGGACAAAGUGAAGCCCAGGAAGAUAUUCCAGUGGAGGCAGUUGGAAAACCUGUAUUUCAGAGAAAAGAAGUUUUCCGUGGAAGUUCACGACCCACGCAGGGCGUCUGUGACGAGGAGGACUUUUGGACACAGUGGCAUCGCGGUGCAUACGUGGUACGCGUGCCCAGCGUUGAUCAAAUCCAUCUGGGCUAUGGCCAUUAGCCAGCACCAGUUCUACCUGGACAGGAAGCAGAGCAAGUCUAAAAUCCAUGCCGCACGAAGUCUGAGCGAGAUCGCCAUCGACCUGACCGAGACGGGGACCCUGAAGACCUCGAAGCUGGCCAACAUGGGGAGCAAGGGGAAGAUCAUCAGCGGCAGCAGCGGGAGUCUCCUGUCGUCAGGUUCUCAGGAAUCAGAUAGCUCUCAGUCUGCCAAGAAAGAUAUGCUGGCUGCCUUGAAGUCCCGGCAGGAGGCCUUAGAGGAAACACUACGCCAGCGGCUCGAGGAGCUCAAGAAACUCUGCCUCCGAGAAGCUGAGCUGACGGGCAAACUGCCCGUCGAAUACCCCCUGGAUCCGGGAGAGGAACCACCCAUCGUUCGCAGGAGAAUCGGGGCAGCCUUCAAACUGGACGAGCAGAAAAUCCUGCCCAAGGCAGAGGAAGCCGAGCUGGAACGCCUGGAACGCGAGUUCGCCAUUCAGUCCCAGAUCACGGAGGCCGCCCGCCGCCUCGCCAGUGACCCCAACGUCAGCAAGAAACUGAAGAAGCAGAGGAAAACCUCUUAUCUCAAUGCGCUGAAGAAGCUGCAGGAGAUUGAGAAUGCAAUCAACGAGAACCGCAUCAAGUCUGGGAAGAAGCCCACCCAGAGGGCCUCGCUCAUCAUCGACGAUGGAAAUAUCGCCAGCGAAGACAGUUCCCUCUCAGAUGCCCUCGUUCUGGAGGAUGAAGACUCUCAGGUCACCAGCACACUGUCCCCCUUACAGUCUCCUCACAAGGCCCUCCCUCCGCGGCCACCGUCGCACAGCAGGCCCGCUCCUCCCCAGUCGCUGGAGGGACUCAGGCAGAUGCACUGUCACCGCAAUGACUAUGACAAGUCUCCCAUCAAGCCCAAAAUGUGGAGCGAGUCCUCCUUAGAUGAGCCUUACGAGAAGGUCAAGAAACGUUCCUCCCACAGUCACUCCAGCAGCCACAAGCGUUUCCCCAGCACGGGGAGCUGCGCGGAAGCAGGAGUGGGGAGCGGCUCCCUCCAGAGCAGCCCCAUCCGCAGCCUCCCUCACUGGGACUCGCAGUCCAGCAUGCCGUCCACCCCCGACCUGCGCGUCCGGAGUCCCCACUACGUCCAUUCCACGAGGUCGGUGGACCUCAGCCCCACGCGCCUACACAGCCUCGCCCUGCACUUUCGGCACCGGAGCUCCAGCCUGGAGUCCCAGGGCAAGCUCCUGGGCUCGGAGAACGACACGGGGAGCCCCGACUUCUACACCCCACGGACUCGCAGCAGCAACGGCUCGGACCCCAUGGAUGACUGCUCGUCCUGCACCAGCCACUCGAGCUCGGAGCACUACUACCCGGCGCAGAUGAACGCCAACUACUCCACGCUGGCCGAGGACUCGCCGUCCAAGGAGCACAGCCGCCUGUCGCACACCAGCUCCACCUCCUCGGACAGCGGCUCCCAGUACAGCACCUCCUCCCAGAGCACCUUCGUGGCGCACAGCAGGGUCACCAGGAUGCCCCAGAUGUGCAAGGCCACGUCAGCUGCCUUACCUCAAAGCCAGAGAAGCUCAACACCAUCGAGUGAAAUCGGAGCGACCCCUCCAAGCAGUCCCCACCACAUCCUAACCUGGCAGACUGGGAGCUACAGCGAUAGCUGUUUCCUGGAUUCCUCCCUCUAUCCAGAACUAGCUGACGUCCAGUGGUACGGGCAGGAAAAGGCCAAGCCCGGGACCCUUGUGUGAGCCAGCCGGCCUCAAUCUGACCGUCUCAACGCCAUUCUGAGAUCACCUCACUGCCUCUCAUUUGCCUUACCCAGACGCACUGUCACCCUGCACCAGCUUCGGCCCUCAGCACUUUUUUUCUCCUGUCUCCGCAUCCCCUCACCCUCAAAAACCUGACUGAGGAGACAUUCUGGAAGGUUCCGGUCCCACUGUGUGUCCCCUGGCUCUCUUGCCCACAGAGAGCCAGGCAGCAAUCCUCAAUGGCACCCUGGUGGCUUCCCCCUGCCGUGACAGCCCCCAAGCCAGGAACCGACGGGGAAGCUGGCUGGCAUCAAAUUCCUAUGGACAAGUGGCAUGGGUAGAGAACAGGAAAGGGGAUUCAAGUACAGGGUGAUCCAGAAAGACUAUUGAGCUGUGGCAGCCUGCCGCCUGGAGGCCAACCAAGCACUUCGAGCAAACGAGCAAACGAUGCCUGCGGUGGGGAUGUUCACGUGACACCUGAAACAUUCUUUGGGGGAGUGGCUUUUGGGGGAGGGGGAGAAUGAAAAAGGAAGCUUAACCUGUCAGAUUCAUCAGAGGAUCACAAUCAGUUCUAUGCUGCCAAAGAUUUAAAAAAUUAAAAAAAUAAAAACAAAAAAUAAGAGGGGCCAAGAGGAAGACAUUCUUUCUGCAAUUAAAUCUCAAAUUCUAAACUGCUACAACACAGCACAAGUGAAAGUCAACCGUCUGUAAAUUGUUUCCCCUGUUCUUCCCUCUCCUGUUCUGCCCUCUCCCUGAGUGGCGAGCCUGAAAACUAACCUGGAGCGAUGUCCUGUGGCGAGCCUCGGCUGGCACGGCUGACUCGGAUCUCCGGAGUCUGGACGUGAAGCAGACGGACCUGUGGGGAGUAGCAGAGUGUUCUAUCGGCCCUGGUCUGUACGGGGAUUCAGCUCAAGUCCAAGACACAAAGCUGCUCUCCUCUUGGGAUUUGUAGGAACAUAAGGUGAUGAUUGCCAAAAGUGGUUCUCUCUCAUUAAAACAACCAGUAAAUGUGUAUCCUAUUUUUUUGCACAAAGUGUUUUGUUUUUGAUGGGAAACCAAGGGAAAAGCACACUGCGAUCCAUUCAAAGUGUUUCACUGUUGUGGCUCAUUUUAUGUUUGUUAGCACUUGUGUGACAAAGAGCUCAGAUCCGAUUUUGGUUACCAGUGUGUCACUUAUUCAAAAAACCCAAUUAUGCCCAUAGGUAGAAAGAUUUUACUCAACGUGUCUACUAAGCAGAGCAGGGUUGAAAAAAAUAUCAGCUCCCAGGGGGCCCACAUGCCUACAGCAGCAGCAGCCACCUUGACGUACCGUCUGUCUGCAGGUACCAAAAGAAGAAAGAGGAACAAAAAAAGGUGUGGGAGCUGCAUGUUUACACGUGUUUUUGAGCUAUGCUUAAUACACAACUGGAAAGCCAUCAAUCUUCAGAGGCCUCAAAACUACUUUUAUAAUAAUAACAAGUGCAAACUCUUAGUUGGGUCGUUCAAAAUGGCACAAACACGGUCUCCACAGAGGUGGUAUGCUGUGCUUAUUGGGGGAUAUUUUUUUCUCACUCAUAAUGACUUCCUAUUGGAAAGGCAUUUGACAGCCAAGAGACAGGAGCUGGGGUGGGGGUAGUUUUGUGGGAAAGCAGAACUGAAGUUAGCUUUAGUGUAAAAAGAAAAACCUUUGUUCUCUAUGUGUGUGUAAUCUAAGAGGAACAACAGCCUCCACGAGACCAGGAGGGUGAGAAUGGACAGUCACGAAACCACUAACCGUGGGGCGUCCUCCGCUGCGGCUGGAGAGGGCGGGGACUCACAGCGCCCGGGCACUUGUGGAUGAUCUGCAGCCUGGUCUCACGGCUCUGCGCGGCCGGGCUGGCGAUGCCGCCUUGUGGAAGGGAUUAAUAUUCACAGAACACUUUAGGGGUAAACCCUGCAGGAUAAACACAACUGGUUAUAAUGUUACUAAAUGAUUCUGGGGGUUGGCGGGGGCAGGGGGUGGGAGGGGUUCUUGCUCUCAUUUUGAUGGUCAGAGCUACAAACAGCAGUUCUUUUUCCUUCCCUGUUCAGAAACAUCAUACAUUGGACCAUUUUUCUCUCAAAAGAAGAUAUGGGGAUAAUCAAACUGAACUAAGUGCAACAGGAAAAAGUCAAAGGGAAAUAGAGAAGGCGACAAGGUUACAUAAACAAGUACAGUAGUCUGAAGUCACGUGUGAAGUCAGUCGGAUCAAGCUUUUAGCCCAUUUUGGUCACAAGGAAUGAGAGAUGAAAACUAAAUGCUUGGGUUCUGGAUUCAGGGGGCAGAAAGGAAUGGAGUGGGAGGGGGACUACACUUCAGACAAACAUCGCGAUAGUCUGGUAGUAAAGACGGAGAUUAAGUAAAACAGGUUUUACUGUUUAGCUGCGUUCAGUUACUACAAAGUGUACAUAAAUUAUUAGUCCUUUGAGACUGACAUGAUUAAUGAAUGAUCGACGUGGUGGGAAACGAUAUAGUUAUUGUAUACAGGCACUUGCAAGCUCUUUAGAGAUCCCUAUUUCUUUAAAACAAAACAAGAUGCACCAUGAAGCCCCUGGUCUACUAGAAAGCCCCUACUGGAUUCUGUGGAUAUGUGUAAGAAAUCGCCUGUUCAGCCAGCACACUGGUGAAAACGCCCACAUCAGACUUUGUUGUGAGGCAGGUGGAUUUAUUUUAUUAUAUAGAGGUGAAUGUUGGAACUGUUAAAAUUCUGAUUUGUUUUCAUUAUUAGUUUAGUUCUAAAUAUAGCAAACCCCAUCCAGGUGCUAUCAGAUGACCAGUUACUGCUUAGUUAACUAGGUGUAAAGUUUUUCAUACACAUUAAUGUCAAUAGUUUAUUACAACUUGUGUAAAACGGACUCUAGUUUAAUAAUGGGGAAAAAAGGAUUAGGUUGCUCCUGAAACUGUAGAGCAUGUAAAAUGAUUUUAAUGGAUUCUGUUCAACUGUAAUCAAUGAAAAAGAGGUAUGUUGUAGACAAAAUUGCAGAAUUAAAAAGAAAUCUGCUUUUAAUUUAUUCUUUUUGUAUUAAGAAUUUGUAUAGUACCUUUAAAUUUUGCAAAACAGUGUUGUCAACACUUAUUAAAGCAUUUUCAAAAUGAAAACA